CUCCCGGCGAGCCGCGCGGGCGGGCGGGCAGAGCCGAGCCCGGCGGCGGGAGCGGAGCGCAGCGCAUCCCGCAGCGGCACCGCCGCCUCCGCCCGCAGAUCCGGAGAAGCCCGCGGCAGCCAUGGCGCUGGUGAAGAGCGGUUGGCUUUGGCGCCAGAGCUCCAUCCUGCGCCGCUGGAAGAGGAACUGGUUCGUGCUCUACCUGGACGGCAGCCUGGUUUACUACCACGACGAGACGCAGCGGGACAUGGACGGCCGGAUCCACAUCAAGUACAGCUGCCGGGACGUGCGGAUCGGCCGCGAGUGCAAAGACGUGCAGCCGCCCGAGGGGAGGGGCCGCGAGUGCCUGCUGACCGUGGUGCUGCGGGACGGCUCCAAGACCACGCUGUGUGCCGAGAGCGAGGACGACGCCGUUGCUUGGAAGAUGGCCGUGCUGGAGGCUAAAUCCACCCCGGUGCACGUGUACGACCCCUACGACGACGACUACUACCAGACGGUGCCCCUGGACUCGCACCAGGCCGCCUACAUCAGCUCCGGCCACUACGGCCCCCAGUACGGAGCUCCCGGGGUGACCCACGUCAUCGUGCGCGAGGAUCCCUACCGCGUCUCCGGGGACCAGAUGGCGCUGGGGCUGCUGGCCGGGGCCGCCACCGGCGCCGCCCUGGGCUCCUUCAUGUGGAUGCCCUGCUGGUUUUAGUGGCUGCCAAACCGAGCCACGGCCCCCCUUCCCUCCCCAGCCCUGCCUUGGACCCUGCCCUGAGCGCCCUCAGCCUUCCCAGAGGGACACACUCCCACACACGCCCUGCUCCCCGCCCCAGCUUCUGCAUUAAACAGCCCCCACGUGCUUCAGAGCCCCCAAAACCCACUCCAGAACCCCACAGCACCCAAUUCCCAUCAGCAAAGGUUCCCUGGGCCAUUGGCAGAGCUUCCCCAGCCCAAAUCUCCACAGGGAGCUGGCUGCAGAAAUUCCGGGUUUGGGAGAAGGGGAAAGUUUAAUUCUUUUAAUUUAAUUUGGGGGGAAGUGGCUGGAUCUUUUUUGACUGGGUGAACCCCACAAUGCAGAGGCUUUUUAAGGGCAUUUUUGGCACCAGAGGGCACCACAGGGAUACUCAAGAGGUGGGUAAAAGAUGAGGGAGGAUGAAAACCUUUGCAGGAUUUCUACCCCUUUCCAACAUGCACAGGUCCCCUGGGCCUGGCCCAGUUGGAGAAAUGGUGCAAAACCCUCAGGAAUUGGAGUUCAACCCUUGGGAAUGAGGCAGAGAAGAGCCCAGGGAGUGGGAGGGACACCCAGCAUCCUCAGUUUCACCCUGAUUUUUGGGAUGAGCAGAAGAGCAGCUCUCCAUGGGGACCAGGGAGCCUUUCUGGCAGCCAAGCCGGGAUCUUGACAGCAGGGAUUUGGGAUUGAGGGGACACAGCAGGGACAAAGCCCUGGUCAGGCCAGGGGACAAGCAGCAGCUCAGGGUUUUGGUUGGGCGAUGGAAGAGGUGAGGAACAGCUGCCCAGUGUCACCCCUAGAGCCAGGAUGGGAUCCUGGAACCACGACUGACAUUGAGUUUAGGAAUUACAGCCCCACAGCUGGAUGGAAAACCACCAGUGACACCAGCACCCCAGCCUGCUCCUGCCUUUAGGUCAGUUCCUGUGCCCAUCAGGGGAUUGGGGUAUCCCACACACCAUCCUCAUCCUCUCCUGCAUUCCCUGCCUCCCUCCUGCUGCGCACCCACUCCCGGAAAGGGGAAAAAAUACAAAAAAACCUCUUUGAAUUCUAAUAAAGGCACUGAAAAACCA